AUGGUGUGGACAGCUACUCAAAAUGGUAAAUUUUCAGUUCAAAGUGCAGUUAAUGUAAUCAGGAAAAAACAACCCAAGCUUAGAUGGUAUAAGAAAAUAUGGAAAUCUUGUAUUCAUCCAUCCACUGCAGGUAACAUCUGGAAAAUAACUAGAGAUGUUUGUACUACUGAUGAGAAGGUGAAAAAUAGAGGAAUGAAUCUGGCUUCAAGAUGCUAUCUUUGCAGAAAAGAUCAAGAUAAUAUGGAACACAUUUUAUGGAAUUGUGAUUAUGGUCAAAUAUUGUGGAAAUGGGUUGGAGGUAUCUUUGCCUUUAAAACCCCCAAAUCUUUUGAGGAUAUAUUAAAUGCAUGCAAUAGAAAAAGUACUGUGAUACAGGAAGUUUGGUUUAUUGCUGCAUUCAACAUAAUGGUGGACAUUUGGUUUACAAGGAAUAGAGUAUACUUUGAUAAUGUUACUCCUAACAGUUCAGCAGCUCAAAAGAGGAUCUCCAAAAUAAUACAGGACUGUGAAGUUAGACUCAAGGGAGAUAUGUCCAAUUCUGCAUAUGACUUAAAAAUAUUAAAACAUUUCAAUCUGGGUUGCAGAAAAGUGAAGAAUUUCAGAACUAUUGAAUGCAAUUUAUGUCUGCCUGCUGAUGAUAGUACAUUCAUAUGCUGUGAUGGUGCAUCCAGAAGGAAUCCAGACAAUGCUGGUUAUGGAUUCAUUGCAAGAGAUAGUGCAUGUAAUUUUUUAACAGCUGAAAGUGGUGGUCUUGGCAAUUCUACUAACUUUGUAGCUGAGAUAAUUGGAACUAUAAAUGCAUUGGAAUGGGCAGUGAAGGAGUUGAAAAAUAAAGUGAUUAUCAAUUCUGACUCUAAAGAAGCUGUCUAUGCUUUUAGUAAGAAUAAACUCCCUUGGUUUAUAUGGAAUCGUUGGAUACAUGUCUGCAGUAAGAUAUCAUCUAUUCAUUUUAAUCAUGUGUAUAGAGAGAUCAACUUUUCAGCUGAUUUCUUUGCAAAGAAAGGAUUAUUACUGGCCAAAGGACAAGUUCUGAAGUUCAAUGAAAGACCUUCAAAUAUGCAGAGAAUGGAAUUUCCAGGCCUUACAUACUACAAAUUUGUGUGA